GAAAAAUUCACGGCCAUGGCAACAACCAGCUCUACUGACUCUGCUCUCCCUGCACAAAGAUUAUUAGGGAAAGUUGCAUUGGUCACCGGUGGUGCUACUGGCAUUGGAGAGAGCAUUGUGCGGCUAUUCCACAAGCAUGGUGCUAAAGUUUGUGUGGUUGACAUCCAAGACGACCUUGGCCGGAGGCUUUCAGGCACGCCAUGCCCAGAUAUCCGCAAUGCAGACCUUGCAAUGUUUGAGAAGGUUUUUGAUGUGAAUGUGAAAGGUGUAUUCAUUGGAAUGAAGCAUGCAGCUCGUAUAAUGAUCCCACAAAAGAAGGGUUCGAUUAUAUCUCUAUGCAGCGUUGCAAGUGCCAUUGGAGGCUUGGGGCCGCAUGCAUACACAGGAUCCAAGCAUGCUGUGUUGGGGCUCAAUAAAAAUGUUGCAGCAGAACUCGGGAAACAUGGCAUACGUGUGAACUGCAUUUCUCCUUAUGGAGUUGCAACAGGCUUGGCUUUGGCUCACUUGCCUGAGGAAGAGAGAACCGAGGAUGCCAUGGUUUGUUUUCGUAAUUUCCUUGGGAGGAAUGCUAACUUGAAGGGCGUCGAAUUGACAACAGAUGAUGUGGCUAAUGCUGCGGUCUUCCUAGCAAGCGAUGAGGCGAGAUAUGUAAGCGGGCUCAAUCUUAUGGUUGAUGGAGGCUUCACAUCUUCGAAUCAUUGCCUUAAGGUAUUUCAAUGAAGGAAACUGUUUCUCAGCUUCUGAAAUUUAUGGGCAAAUUUGAUUUGUUUAGCAAUUUUAGUUUGUCCUUGUGUGGUCAAGCUGCCUUCUAUUUUGGUCUUCCUCUGAAAAUAACAUGGCAAAAACUGAGAUUUUGAAUACUAUCACCCUGCUUAAAUGUUAGUGGACUCACCGAUCUGUAUAGGAUGUGGUG